CUCCAUACCGAUCCAUUCCAUCACAAACACCGGUAUCCGGAACUGUUCCCACUCUCCCACUGCUUAAACCAUCCCACCUAGGUGCUCGUGCUUUAUACCUAGCUAUGGCAUCCAAGACCUCAGCAUCAGUUGCUCUCUUCCUUGCUCUCAACCUGCUCUUCUUUGCUCUGGUUGGCGGCUGUGGCUGUGCGUGUGGUUUUUGCCCAAGCCCCCCGACCGCUGGCUACUGCCCCAUGAACGCCCUGAAGCUAGGCGUGUGCGCCAACGUGCUCAACGGCCUCAUCAACCUGAACCUCGGCAAUCCAUCGAAGAAGCCGUGCUGCACUCUCCUCCAAGGCCUCGCCGACCUCGACGUCGCACUCUGCCUCUGCACGGCACUCAAGGCCAACAUCCUCGGCAUUAACCUCAACAUUCCUAUCGACCUCAGCUUGCUCAUCAACUACUGCGGAAAGAAUGUCCCCACUGGCUUCCACUGCGCGUAAAGUGCUAGCUCACCACCUAUACAUCCUCUGGUCUCUCUGUCCGUGGUCUCCUUGCUUGCGUUGUUGCAGGUAUAGAUUGUUUGGGUCCUCUGAAAGUUUUUUCUUUUCUUUUUUCGUUUUAUCCGGUUUGGUUUUGUUGAUGUCAGGGUUGUAGCUGUAGUUGUUACUGUUGUUGAGUUAGGAGCAGGGACUCUGAAUAAGCCUGGUUCAACAACAAAAAGUUCAUGUUAUGUGUGGGAAAUGGAUCGAAGAUUCUUAAUUUGGAGCCAACAAGUGUAAUCUGUGUUGGUGUUGCUUGUGGGGAGGAUUUCGUGUUAUGUUUAGGUGCUAUGGGGUUAAACUUGGUUGUCUUUAUUGUGUAAUGCUUUCCGCAUUUGGAUAGUAUGUGUAUGUGAAGGCCUGCUUUGGUUUGGCACUUGUCAUUGAGCUUUCCUCCUUGGAGAAGGUUGCAGAUUGUCCG